AUGGAAUAUUUUAAUGUUAAAAAACUGACAUUCUUUUCUAAAAAACUUACAUUAAUCACUCUUUUAUUAUGUUUAUUUUUGAUUCCUAUUGUUAGAGCUCCACCACCUCCACUCUCUCCUUCCACUAUUUCCUCUUCUCAUACCCUAAUUUCAUCCACUAUUUUCUCUUCAUCCCCUACUUCCUCUUCUCACACUCUAAUUUCCCAUUCAUCUCUUUCACCACCUUUAUUCAACGAAAAUGUUGAUUCAUUUUCUGCCACUAAUAUUGAUGAAUCAUAUCAUAUUUUAUAUCUUAUUGAUGUGUCCUUAUUAGUAUUGGAUUUUUUCAUUUUCAGUCAUUUAGAGUCUUUAUAUAAAAAGAGAAAAGCUGCUGAGUCUGAUUUUAUAAUUAUAUUAAAUUUUUUAAGUAUAAUUCUCAGUACACUUGGAAUGAUCAUUGGAUGUGAUUUAACAACAAAGGCAAUUCUACAAGGAUUAACAACUAUGAUUUUUUGGGGUUUUCCAGUAAUAAUAAUAUAUUAUGAUUCAGAAUUUUUGAGUUAUAAACCAACCAAGAUUGAAUUUAAAAAGGACAUGAUAAUUUCUACAGCUUUUAUAAAUUUUUUAAAUGCAGUUCGCUUGUAUAAUAAUUCAAAAGAUUACAAUUCUUUUAAUAUUGAAAUUUUUAAAAUAAUUAUGAUUUUGAUCAGUAAUUAUGAUGAAUUUCUAAAACCAAUACUAUUAAUUAUUCCAUCAACUGUUCAAGGUGUGAUCCUAUAUCCUCAAUAUGAUAAUAUAAUUGUAUUGAUUACUAUUUGUUUAUCCUUUGCAGCAUCACUCAGGUUUUUGUAUCAGAAAGCUCGAAUGUUGGGGAAAUCUCAAAUGAUAUGUGCAAAUGCCAAUACAAAUAUCCUUCAUUAUAUUUGGGAUUCUUCCUAA